AUGGGAACGCAAUGUCCUUCUCCUCCGGAGGACUAUGCCCACAACAGCAACAACGUAUGCAGAGCUUCUCCCUCAAUCUCCCUCUCUCUCUAUCUCUCUCUCCCCCUCCUACUUUGGCCAGGCUCGGGUCACCUCUGGCCUGAGCUCAUCUCCGGCCGGCGCGGCCCAUUAAGAUGGCAGCUACCCCCAAGUUCAAGCCUUUAUCUUAUCUUGAAAUAGAAAGAUUCAGGGGUAAAACGGUAACUUGUAUCCAAAGAGAGAGGGAAAGAGAGAGUGAGAAGAGAUGAAGAGAGAGGAACAGGAGGAGAGAUCUUCUCCAUAAUUAUCCUUCUGUUUCUUCUCCCAGAGAGCAUCUUAGAUUCAUCUGCGUUUUCUUCUUCUGGUGUUCUGCUUUCAUUACUCUUGUUAUCCUCGUGUGUUAGAGAAAGAGGCGGUCCUUCGUCGCCUUCUUUUUCAUAUUCUCCUCUGGUGAGCAUUUGUCCUGACCGUUUUGAUUGUUCCAGGCGGCGGCGGCGGCGGAGAAGUCGAUCGACGAUUGGCUCCCGAUCACGUCAUCCCGGAACGCCAAGUGGUGGUACUCGGCCUUCCACAAUGUCACCGCCAUGGUCGGCGCCGGCGUCUCUCUCUCUCUCUCUCUCUUAUCCCCUCCUCGCCAUCUCCUUCAAUGGGAUUACAGACCCAUUCUUCCUCUCCAGGGGGCCGGGCAUCGCCGUUCUGGUUCUGUCGUGGGUCAUCACGCUGUACACGCUCUGGCAGAUGGUCGAGAUGCAUGAGAUGGUCCCGGGGAAGAGGUUCGACAGGUACUGUCCAAGGACCACUCAGACUCAAUGGAGGUGGAGCAGGGCCAAGUUCCUAACCUAGCACUUCCGUAAACCCUAACAGGUACCACGAGCUGGGGCAGCACGCCUUUGGGGAGAAGCUCGGGCUAUGGAUCGUCGUCCCGCAGCAGCUGGUGGUGGAGGUCGGCGUGAACAUCGUCUACAUGGUCACCGGCGGUAAGUCCCUGAAGAAGUUCCACGACAGCGUCUGCCCCGACUGCAAGAGCAUCAAGACGACCUACUUCAUCAUGAUUUUCGCCUCCGUGCACUUCGUCCUCUCCCAGCUCCCCAACCUCAACUCCAUCUCUGGCGUCUCCCUUGCUGCGGCUGUCAUGUCUCUCAGGUCAUCUCAUCUAACUCCUCCCUCCUCCCUCCUCUCUAUCUCUCUCUCUUUCUCUCUCAACCAACAGGCAGCAGGAAAUCCACCUCUGUCUCUCUCUCUCUCACUCACUCAGUCUUGCUCUGUGUGCAGCUACUCGACGAUAGCAUGGGGGGCUGCGGUGGACAGGGGGAGGAAGGAGGGGGUGGAGUACGGGUACAAGGCGAAGAGUACAGCGGGGACGGUAUUCGGCUUCUUCAGCGCGCUGGGGGACGUAGCGUUCGCCUACGCGGGGCACAACGUGGUGCUGGAGAUCCAGGCGACGAUCCCCUCCACGCCGGAGAAGCCCUCGAAGAAGCCGAUGUGGAAGGGCGUCGUCGUCGCCUACAUCGUCGUCGCCGUCUGCUACUUCCCCGUCGCCCUCGUCGGGUACUGGGCCUUCGGCAACUCCGUCGAUGACAACAUCCUCAUCACCCUCUCCAAGCCCCGCUGGCUCAUCGCCGCCGCCAACAUGAUGGUCGUCAUCCAUGUCAUCGGCAGCUACCAGGUAUAGAACACACCUCUGUUUCUGUCUCUGUUUCUGUCUGUCUCUUUCUUUGUCUCUCUCUAUCUCUUUCUUUCUCUCUCUUACCUCCCCUACUCCGCAACGAUCGGUUCUCUGUGUGUGUCUGCAACAAGAUUUACGCCAUGCCGGUGUUCGACAUGAUGGAGACGGUCCUUGUGAAGAAGCUCCGUUUCCGCCCCGGUCUCCCCUUACGCCUGAUCGCCCGCAGCAUCUACGUUGGUGAGCUUUGAACUUCUUCUUCUUCUUCCUCUGGCUUCUCCACCAGUGUAUCUUAAAUACGGCUUGGUGGGGUUUCAGCGUUCACCAUGUUCGUCGCCAUAACCUUCCCGUUCUUCGGAGGACUGCUCGGCUUCUUCGGGGGAUUCGCCUUCGCCCCCACCACCUACUUUGUAAGCGGCGAUAACACAAACACCUCAACUCUCCUCCCAUCUCCGACCAAUCUAAGCCCCUUCUUCUUCUUCCGCAGCUCCCCUGCAUCAUGUGGCUGGCCAUUUACAAGCCCAAGAGGUUCAGCCUCUCUUGGAUCGCCAACUGGGUAAACCCCUCUCUCUCUCUCUCUCUCUCUCUCUCUCUCUCUCUAUCUCUGUUUCUCUCUCUACCUACACCUGAUUAUUCUUGUUGUGGUCUCCAGAUUUGUAUCAUACUCGGAGUGCUUCUCAUGAUCUUAUCCCCCAUCGGUGGCCUGCGACAGAUCAUCAUCCAGGCCAAGACAUACCAGUUUUAUUCAUGA